GGGGGCGGGGGCCUGGGACCGCGGCGGCCGCUGGGACUGAGGGGAAUUCCCCGACUCUCGGAGACGGAGUGGAGGAGGCGGCGGCGCCGGAGGAGAGAGCGCGGCUGAGGCAGCCGUGUCGGUUAAACCUGCCUGUUGCCCACUAGCCUGUUCCCACCAUCAGUUGCAAUGUCGGAAAGUCAAUUGGACGAGCCCCUGAGCCAGGAGACGUUUCGGGAGCUGUGGAAUCAGCUCGAGGUCCCAAGUGCCAAUGUGGGGCUGGAGAAUGAACUUCAAAUAUGGGACAACGAGUUCAGUGGGCUGGAGCUCGCGAUGGAGGAACUGGACAACAAUCCCCUGGAGUUCCCUGUCCUUCCCGACAACCCACUGCCUUAUCCCAGCUCCUCCCAGGCAGGGCCGGCCACAGACAUUCACGUCGCGGCUCCAUGCACGGUCCUGGCUACCACUGAGUAUCCUGGACCACACGAGUUCCAGCUCCAGUUUCAGCAGUCGAGCACAGCGAAAUCAGUCACUUGUACGUACUCUCCGAGCUUGAACAAACUCUUCUGCCAGUUGGCCAAGACCUGCCCUGUCCAGGUUGUAGUGGCCUCGGUGCCUCCCACGGGGACCCUGCUCCGCGCUACUGCCGUCUACAAGAAGCCCGAGCACGUGGCGGAGGUGGUGAAGAGGUGCCCGCACCACGAGCGCGGCUCGGAGACUGAUGGACCCGCCCCUCCGAGUCACCUGAUCCGGGUUGAAGCAAACAGCCGAGCACGUUACGCAGAGGACGAGCACACCAAGAGACAGAGUGUCAUCGUGCCUUACGAGUCACCGCAGGUGGGAUCGGACUAUACCACGGUUCUCUAUAACUUCAUGUGUAACAGCAGCUGCAUGGGAGGCAUGAACAGACGGCCGAUUCUCUCCAUCCUCACCUUGGAGACCCCUGAUGGCCACCUUCUUGGUCGAAGGUGCUUUGAGGUGAGGGUUUGUGCUUGUCCAGGUCGGGACCGGAAAAGCGAGGAGGAGAAUCUGAAGCGGCAGCAGGAGAACUCGAUGGUGAAAUCUGGAGGUUCUGCAACCAAACGCACGAUCAAGGAGGUUUCACAGGCCACAACCUCACCCGACUCCAGAAAGAAGAAAGCGCUGUCGGACGAUGAAGUCUUCACCUUGCAGGUUCGGGGGCGUGAGCGCUAUGAACUGAUGAAGAAGCUGAACGAGGCACUGGAGAUUAGCGAGCUGAUCCCCACUGGUGUCAUCGAAGCCUACAAGCAACAACAGAAACAUCGGUUGAAAGCGUCUCAUAAGAAGGAGAAGGAGAGCACCGAGAUCAAGAACGGAAAGAAGCUGCUGGUGAAGGAUGAGAGGGACUCGGACUGACACCACCACCCCCCCCCACCCCCCACCCCCACUCUUCCCAGCGGCGGUGGACUCCCUUGGGAGGGUUUUUGCACACUUUGCCAGUUUUAAUCAGAAACUGCCUGUCUGUAUUCUUUUUUUAAAAAAAAUAUAUAAAAUUCUUGUGUUUUUAUUGCUGAUGCGAGCGGCGUGGGGCAGGAUUGGUGUCUCCUUCUCGCUCUGUGUUAGACCCGGCCUCUCCCGCUACCCAGGGGUCAGUAUCAGGGGGACCCCAGUUCCAUUCCUUCGUGUGGGAGGUGGAGGUGGAGGCGGGGGGAGUCUGUACCUCCUCAUUCCCCCCCCCCGCCGCCCCCAUCCUUCGCCUUCCCUGCCACCUCUCGAUGCGUUUGCCCUCUGACCCACACUUGCCACAGGCUGGGGGGUGGGGCUGUG